AAACAGAAAAAAAAAGUUUUCGAAAGGCAACGGAUGCGAGCGGACGCACGCAUCAUUUUAAAAUCGCGUCGCGUCGAGCGUCAAAUGUUAAAAGAGUGAAGUGUUGGGAUAAUAAAGAAUUUGCAAUUGGAAAUAACCAAAAACCGAGACUCAUUCACUUGCAAUUGGAAGCGCGCCAUUCAAAGCCGCUCUGCACACAGCCAUUUUAAAGCCCAAGUUAAGGCCAAAGUUUUCUGCCGCGCCGCCUUCGUAAGUCGCAGGUCGAAAAGUGCUCAAACGAGAUUUCCACUUGAAAUUCCUGAAUUUCGUUUGUCUGCGCGAAUCGAAACGAAUCAAAGCCGCAACACAAGAGUCGAAUUUAAAUUGCGGCACCAGUUUUUCCGUUUUGCCGUCUGCAAAGUGCCGAAAUUAGUGUCUUUGUGUCAGUGUUUUGUUCUCCGUCUGUGUGGGUGUUACCAAUUUGGAUUAGCGGUGUGUUCGCCUGAUUAAAACGGUAUGUUGAAGAUAAUGGCCUUAAAUACGACUGGUUGAAGUGGCGGAAGUUUUUUCGAGAGACAUGCGCUCAGCAGGUCGCUGCGACGAUGCCUUCGAGCUGGUGCUGCCGGCGAUGCUGAUGAUGAUGAAGUUGCUGCCGCUCUCGGUCCGCUUUAGCUGCUGACAGCCAAGUGCAGUAUCCGAAAGAUACCAGAUACCCGAAACAAAGGAAAGGAAAAGUGCAUUUCCUGCUACCUAACUUGUGCGGGGAGUUCUGUUCUACCUACGUGCCGGAUUCUACCUACGAUUUCGUAGAUAGUUGAAAAAGAGAGUAGCUCGCCGAAGAUACUCGCUACUAGAUACUCCAUACUCCAUACUCGAUACUUUUCGAGCGCUCAACUACAAGACAGCUGCCAGCCGCUCAGUUUGGUCAAGAAGCGCGUUCGCGACGGCUGGAAAAGAGCGUACCGCCGCAGGAAAAACCAAGAAAAGAGCGGACAUUCCACCUCCCUCUCCACCUCUUCGAACCAAAGGAUUUACAGUGAAAAAACCAGUGAAGUGAAAGUGCCGGCGAACGCAUCAUCAAUCCUUUUUCCCCGCCAAAUAUUUACGCAGUGGUGAUUGCUGUUGACAAAGUGGAUUGGCAUUCGGGGGACACUUUCAAUUAGGCACGUUGCCGCUGCUUCAUAAAUGUGCCACAAUGGCCGCGCCGUCCAGGACGACGUCGAUGCCACCACCCUUCCGGCUCCAGCUCCGGCUACUGAUACCCCUACUCCUGCUACAGCUGCUCCUGCGCCAUGAUGCGGUCCACGCGGAGCCGUAUUCCGGCGGAUUCGGCAGCUCAGCGGUGUCCAGCGGAGGCCUCGGCUCAGUGGGCAUCCACAUACCCGGCGGCGGAGUGGGCGUCAUCACGGAGGCCCGUUGCCCCAGAGUCUGCUCCUGCUCAGGAUUAAAUGUGGACUGCUCGCACCGAGGACUCACCUCUGUUCCCAGGAAAAUCUCAGCGGACGUGGAGCGACUCGAGUUGCAGGGCAAUAAUUUGACCGUGAUAUACGAGACGGAUUUCCAGCGGCUGACCAAGCUGCGAAUGCUCCAACUAACGGACAACCAAAUCCACACGAUCGAGAGGAAUUCCUUCCAAGAUUUGGUCUCACUAGAGCGACUACGCCUAAACAACAAUCGAUUAAAGGCAAUUCCUGAAAACUUAGUGACAAGUUCAGCGAGUCUUUUGCGAUUGGACAUCUCCAACAAUGUCAUCGUCACGGUGGGAAGACGCGUCUUCAAGGGCGCCCAAUCGCUGCGGAGUCUUCAGCUGGACAAUAACCAGAUCACCUGUCUGGAUGAACACGCCUUCAAGGGUUUGGUGGAGCUGGAGAUACUCACACUGAACAACAACAACCUGACGUCGCUGCCGCACAACAUCUUCGGCGGACUAGGGCGUCUGCGGGCGCUCCGACUGUCCGACAAUCCGUUCGCCUGCGACUGCCAUCUGUCCUGGUUGUCGCGGUUCCUCCGCAGCGCCACCCGCCUGGCGCCCUACACCCGCUGCCAGUCGCCAUCGCAGCUGAAGGGCCAAAACGUGGCGGACCUGCACGACCAGGAGUUCAAAUGCUCGGGUCUGACGGAGCACGCACCGAUGGAAUGCGGGGCGGAGAACAGCUGUCCGCACCCAUGUCGCUGUGCGGACGGGAUCGUCGAUUGCCGUGAGAAGAGUCUGACCAGCGUGCCCGUCACCUUGCCCGACGACACCACCGAGCUCCGCCUCGAGCAGAACUUCAUUACCGAACUGCCGCCGAAAUCGUUCUCCAGCUUUCGACGACUGCGACGCAUCGACCUGUCCAACAACAACAUCUCCCGAAUUGCCCACGAUGCCCUGAGCGGACUAAAGCAGUUAACCACUCUCGUGCUGUACGGCAAUAAAAUAAAGGAUUUACCCUCGGGCGUGUUCAAAGGACUCGGCUCGCUGCAGCUGCUGCUGUUGAACGCCAACGAGAUCUCGUGCAUACGCAAGGAUGCCUUCCGCGACCUGCACAGCCUGAGCCUGCUCUCCCUGUACGACAACAACAUCCAGUCGCUGGCUAAUGGCACAUUCGACGCCAUGAAGAGCAUCAAAACGGUACAUCUGGCCAAGAAUCCUUUCAUCUGCGACUGCAAUCUGCGCUGGCUGGCCGACUAUUUGCACAAAAAUCCCAUAGAGACGAGUGGAGCCCGCUGCGAGUCACCGAAGCGGAUGCAUCGUCGUCGGAUUGAAUCGCUGCGCGAGGAGAAAUUCAAAUGCUCCUGGGAUGAAUUGCGGAUGAAGCUGUCCGGCGAGUGCCGCAUGGACUCCGACUGUCCGGCGAUGUGCCACUGCGAGGGCACCACCGUCGACUGUACGGGCCGGGGUCUGAAGGAGAUCCCGCGCGACAUUCCCCUGCACACGACCGAGCUUUUGCUCAACGACAACGAACUGGGACGCAUCAGCUCCGAUGGCCUCUUUGGCCGCCUGCCGCAUCUGGUCAAGCUGGAGCUGAAGCGCAACCAGCUGACCGGCAUCGAACCGAAUGCCUUCGAGGGCGCCUCCCACAUCCAGGAGCUGCAGCUGGGCGAGAACAAGAUCAAGGAGAUCUCCAACAAGAUGUUCCUGGGCCUGCACCAACUGAAGACUCUCAAUCUGUACGACAAUCAAAUCUCAUGCGUUAUGCCCGGUUCGUUUGAGCAUCUCAACUCGCUGACGUCGCUGAACCUCGCCUCGAAUCCAUUCAAUUGCAAUUGUCAUUUGGCCUGGUUCGCGGAAUGGCUGCGCAAAAAAUCGCUGAACGGCGGAGCGGCACGUUGCGGAGCCCCCUCGAAGGUACGUGACGUGCAGAUCAAGGACCUGCCCCACUCGGAAUUCAAGUGCAGCAGCGAGAACAGCGAGGGCUGCCUGGGCGACGGCUACUGCCCGCCAUCCUGCACCUGCACCGGUACCGUGGUCCGAUGUUCGCGCAACCAGCUCAAGGAGAUUCCGCGCGGCAUCCCGGCCGAGACGUCGGAACUCUAUCUGGAGUCCAACGAGAUCGAGCAGAUCCACUACGAGCGCAUCCGCCACCUGCGCGCCCUCACCCGACUAGAUCUCAGCAACAACCAGAUCACCAUUCUGUCCAACUAUACCUUCGCCAAUCUGACCAAGCUGUCCACACUCAUCAUCUCGUACAACAAGCUGCAGUGUCUGCAGCGGCAUGCGUUGUCUGGCCUGAAUAACCUGCGCGUGCUCUCGCUGCACGGCAACCGCAUCUCGAUGCUGCCGGAGGGCUCCUUCGAGGACCUCAAGUCGUUGACCCACAUAGCCUUGGGCAGCAAUCCUUUGUACUGUGACUGCGGCCUGAAGUGGUUCUCCGACUGGAUCAAGCUGGACUACGUCGAGCCGGGAAUCGCUCGCUGCGCGGAGCCGGAACAGAUGAAGGACAAGCUGAUCCUGUCGACGCCCUCGUCGAGCUUCGUGUGCCGUGGCCGCGUGCGCAAUGACAUUCUGGCCAAGUGCAACGCCUGCUUCGAGCAGCCCUGUCAGAAUCAGGCCCAGUGCGUGGCCCUGCCCCAGCGGGAGUACCAGUGCCUUUGUCAGCCGGGCUACCACGGCAAGCACUGCGAGUUCAUGAUCGACGCCUGCUACGGGAAUCCGUGCCGCAACAAUGCCACCUGUACGGUGCUAGAGGAGGGUCGCUUUAGCUGCCAGUGUGCCCCGGGAUACACGGGUGCCCGCUGCGAGACCAACAUCGACGACUGCCUAGGCGAGAUCAAGUGCCAGAACAACGCCACCUGCAUCGACGGCGUGGAGUCGUACAAGUGUGAGUGUCAGCCGGGAUUCAGUGGCGAGUUCUGCGACACCAAGAUCCAGUUCUGCAGUCCUGAGUUCAAUCCCUGCGCGAACGGAGCCAAGUGCAUGGACCACUUCACCCAUUACAGCUGCGACUGCCAGGCGGGAUUCCAUGGCACCAAUUGCACGGACAACAUUGACGACUGCCAGAACCACAUGUGCCAGAACGGCGGCACCUGCGUGGACGGCAUCAACGACUAUGUGUGCCGCUGUCCGGACGAUUACACGGGCAAGUACUGCGAAGGCCACAACAUGAUCUCGAUGAUGUACCCGCAAACGUCGCCGUGCCAGAACCACGAGUGCAAGCACGGCGUCUGCUUCCAGCCAAAUGCGCAGGGAAGCGACUACCUGUGCAGGUGUCAUCCGGGAUACACUGGAAAAUGGUGCGAGUACCUCACCAGCAUCAGUUUCGUGCACAACAACUCGUAUGUGGAACUGGAGCCUCUGCGCACACGUCCGGAGGCGAAUGUGACCAUAGUGUUUAGUAGCGCCGAGCAGAAUGGCAUUCUCAUGUACGACGGACAGGAUGCUCACCUGGCAGUAGAGCUGUUCAACGGGCGUAUACGCGUUAGCUACGACGUGGGCAACUACCCGGUGUCGACUAUGUACAGCUUUGAGAUGGUGGCCGAUGGAAAGUACCACGCUGUGGAGCUGCUGGCCGUCAAGAAGAAUUUCACGCUGCGCGUGGAUCGCGGAUUGGCCCGCUCCAUCAUCAACGAGGGUUCCAACGACUACCUGAAGCUCACGACGCCCAUGUUCCUGGGCGGCCUGCCCGUGGAUCCUGCCCAGCAGGCCUACAAGAACUGGCAGAUCCGCAAUCUCACCAGCUUCAAGGGCUGCAUGAAGGAGGUGUGGAUCAACCACAAGCUAGUGGACUUUGGCAAUGCCCAGCGCCAGCAGAAGAUAACUCCCGGAUGUGCGCUGCUCGAAGGAGAGCAGCAAGAGGAGGAGGACGACGAGCAAGACUUCAUGGAUGAAACGCCGCACAUCAAAGAGGAGCCGGUGGAUCCCUGCCUGGAGAAUAAGUGCCGUCGGGGCAGUCGCUGCGUGCCAAACUCCAACGCACGGGACGGCUACCAGUGCAAGUGCAAGCAUGGCCAGCGAGGCCGCUUCUGCGAUCAAGGUGAGGGCAGCACAGAGCCCCCAACAGUCACCGCGGCGUCCACCUGUCGCAAGGAGCAGGUGCGCGAGUACUACACGGAGAACGACUGCCGCUCGAGGCAGCCGUUGAAGUACGCCAAGUGCGUGGGCGGCUGCGGCAACCAGUGCUGCGCGGCCAAGAUAGUGAGGCGGCGCAAGGUGCGCAUGGUGUGCAGCAAUAACCGCAAGUACAUCAAGAACUUGGACAUCGUGCGCAAGUGCGGAUGCACCAAGAAAUGCUACUGACUGAAAGAUGCGACUACCCAAUUGCUCGAACGGAGCAAUAGCAGCUUAGAUGUUAGUUUAGGAACAGGUUUAAAUCUAACUUAUAGUAGUAGUAAUAGUAACGAUAGUCUUAGCCAUAGCACUAGGGAUAGCACGGAUGUUGGGGGGGCAAAGGAUGAGGCGGAGGAGAAGGAGGAUGAGGAUGAGGAGGAGGUUGUUGCCGCGGGGGAGACAACGGAGGAGGGGCGAGACGAGAGUGGGGAUUACCCCACGGAUGGCAUGCAGUCCGAUCUCUACGACGACACCAUCGACGAUGACGAGGACGAUGGUCUCGAUGAUGAUUAUGCCGAUGAGGAGGAUGGGGAGGAGGAUCAGGAUCCCGAGCAGCUUCCCGAUCCCAAGGGCCUGGUAAGUGUGCCCGAGGAGGAGGAGGAUAUGGGUUACGAUGAGGACGACGAACGGAUCGCCAUGGAGCGGCCAAGGACAGUCAGGCCCAGGCCCGAUGAGGAACAAUUCGUGAACGAGGAGGGCAGCGGCUUCGGAGGCCUGCGGUCGCGAUUCCGGCCGAGCAGCAGCUUCCGCGAGAGCCAGCUGGAGAACAUCCGCAAGAAGCUGCUCACGGAAGCCCAGGCGGCUCCGGAGGUGGCCGUCGCGGUGGCCGUGCCGAGCACUGCGAUCGAUCUGCGCGAGAGCAGCGGCCACUUUGCCAACGAUGACGAGGAUGGCGAGGACGGCGAUGACGGCGUCGAUGACGAGUUCGCCGACACGGGUGAGAACCAGGGGCGCGGCUUCUUUGGCUCCCAGCAGCAGCAGCAGCGCAAGAACGGUCCGUACCACCGGAAGAACGGCAACGAUGCCAUCAAGAUCAUCUCCACGCCGCUCGGCAAGGUGAGCAUCGUGUACCAGCAGACGGACAAGGACCAGAGCGCGGACAAGGAGGCGCAGCAGCAGCAGCAAAAGAAGCCCGCGCUCACCGACUUCGACGCCCUGUCGCCGGACCCCGAGAGCAGUCAUCGCUUUCCGUCGCCCCACCCCAAGAUUACGCCCGUUCUGACGCCCGAUGGCAAGGUGGCGCUGCUCUAUCGCGGAGACUCGGAGAGCUCCAAGUACGAGCCCAUACGCAACAUGACCCACAAGUUUACCGCCCAGCCGGCCAAGGAGCCCAAGGCCAAGGCCGAGGACUCCUCCUCCUCCGAGGACUCCGUCUACACGGACAGCGAGGAUGCCGAGGAUGCUAAGGGCGAGUCGGGGGCAGGAAAGCCCUCGCUUGUGGCCAGCACACCCAAGCCCCUGCAGCCGGAGAUCCUGGAGCCACCGGAUAACGUUCAGCCCGGCGGGUCCUUCAUCAUUCGGCCCACCUCCGACUCUUUGCUGCCCAUGAUCAACCGGCCGCUGUCCGAGGUGUUGGGCAUCAAGAAGAACCAGUUCCAGGAGACGAGGGUGCGCGACCAGCUGCCCACACAGCAGCCACCGCCUCCGCUGCCGGAGGCCACGUCCCGCAGUCCAGCUUCCGGACAUCAGUUCCUCGCCAAGGUGAACCUGGCCGAGUUCCCGACGUCCGGACGGACGCUGCAGACGCCGCUGAUCCCCGGCAGCCACGACUUCGACUUCAGCCGUGACAACACGAUGCUGGACGAGAGGUCGCGGGUGCGCGAGCUGGAGAAGCAGCGGGAGCGGGACAAGGAGCACAACGAGGCCACCAGCAAGGGGGCCACCGAGGCGCACACCAUAGCCAACGAGCAGCUGCUGUCCAAGACGGAGGUCAUCAACCUGGCCAUUGUGCCGCAGUUCGACGAGGACAUGGAGCGGCUGCAGCGACUGCAGGAAAAUGGCGGUCGACGGCACCACAGGGCGCGACACCGCCAUCGCCAGCAGUCCGAGGAGGAGCUGUCUGGCAUCCAUUGCAUCAUGCAGGUCAUGAUGGGCGUGGCCGCCGUGUCGACGGUCUUCGGCAUGCUGGGCACCUUCUUCAAGCAGCGCAUCCUCGAUCAAUUGCGCGUGAUGCACUGGUAGUACAACACGGGGGAUUCGAUGUCCGGUGUCGAAUGCCCCACAUCCCCCCGCCACCCGAUUCCCACUCCCCGCAUCGUCAUGAUCAUCAUCCAGUCUAUGGAGGCCAGCUGCCUUUUAGAUGCGAGAUCCUUCUUCUACUACUAGCGCUCCUCCAGCACUCAUAUACUCGUAUAUAUACUCGUACUCGUACUCGAACUCGUACCAUACGCCAUAUAUUAAUCGCAUAAUCUAUGUAACACAGCGGCAUCGAUUUGCUUUCGUCCCCUUCCGCUUCUUUAUAUAUAUAUACAUAUAUCUAUCUUAUCCUUCGGCAUUGUGCCUGCGAAGGCACUUCCUUGCUACACAUGUAUUCUAUAUAUUCGCAUAUAUCAAUUUACUAGUGCAAGCUACCCAGGCGAUGUACAUAAUAACAGAACCAUAAUACGGCGAUCGAUCGAUCCGGAUGUCUAUGUAUUUAUGUGAGACGCAGCUGUAGCCCCUGCCAAUCCUCCGGAAAUUAGCUGACCCCCGUCACUUCUUCCCAGUUCCUUCUUUUCUCGCACGUUGUGUGCCCUUGCCCGUAGGACGCAGGAUAUAGAGACCAUUCAAUCAUUCGACCACAUCAGCGUAAUCAAGCUUUAAGCAAGUCAUUGCAUGUGCCACGCCCCUCGAGCUCCCCGCCCAGCAUGAGCCCCGCAGAAAGUACAUUCCCCCCCUCCCCGCCUCCGUCGUCAGAAGCCCCAGUCGAGGAACUCGAAAAUUGGACGUAGAACAGAUUCCUUUUGUAGAUAGAAAACGAAACAGUUGUUGGGAGAAGAUAACCAGAUGAGAUGGAGUCGCAUGACAAACGAUAAAUAAUGAUAAACUAAACUAAAGUUAUAAACGAAAGAAACAGUAAAACCGCAUAGAAGCACACGCAUUACAAAACACAAACCUGCAGCGGUCGUUUUAAACGCGCCGUUGUUCAGGGGUCUCAAAGAAACGAGUAAACGAUAAUAAGUGCAUAACGAAAACCUUCUUUAGUCUAAGUUGCUCAAAGGAAAGUAUUUUGAUAGAACAAGAACGGAACGAGAAACCAACAAACCACAAAGAAUCGAAACGAAACUAAACGAAACAAAGGCCCCCAAACGUGUAACGAAUUUCCAGCAAAUUGUUGCAAGUGUUUUUCCUAGAAUUAGUCCUAAUUAAACUAAAUGUGUGCAAAUCGAAGCGUAACUAAUAUUACAAUUAACCUAAACUAAUUGAGGAAACAAAAACCUAAACAUAAUUCGGAUAACAACAUCUAAGCUGGGUAGUCGCAUGUAAAUCUCUAACAAUUAACAAUUACCGACCUAAGUUAGACCUAAAAAUCGAGACAAAAUCGAAUCGCAUUUAAAGAAACCUACAUAAUAAUAAUUAUUUAUACUAAUCUAUAUAUACUUAUAUGUAUGCUGUAUGUAUGUAUGACCCUAUAUGUAUAUGUAAAAUGUUUUUGACUAUUUUUCACUAUUUAUAUCCAUAUAUAUUAUAUAUGCAUAUACGAUACAUGUGUAAUAGCCCCUUUUGGUCAUUUUAGUUGUCUUUUAUAUAUAUUUAAUACGUGUAUUAUUUUUAUUAAUUAUUCAAGUAUAACUAUGCGCACCAAUUACACGCAUAUUUUAUGUAUAACCUAUUGACAAAUAUAUAUAUAUAUUAUGUGUAAUAGCUGUUGCUAAACCAAGUUUAAUUAUCAGUUUUUCAUUUUCACCUUAAUCCGGCGAAGCUUUCGACGGUUUCACAGCCGCAAAUUGUGUUCAGCUAAUUAAUUAGGAAGAGAAAGUGUCCCACAUUGACAUUGGGGGAAAUGACAAUUAUAAUAUUCAUUUCUGUGUGUAAUGUUUAUUUCCUAAUAAAGAUGACAAAGAAAAAUGUUUCAAA